GUUCGCGGUUUUUUCCAGGAGCAUGUGCCAAAGCAUAGGUAGUAAUUUUCCGAACCUAGACUACAGACUUAAGAGUUGGAUUGUUCUGUUUUCGAGAUUGGACUGAAACAGUGAGACUGUGAACUUAGUGGUGACUGGAAGGCAUUUUUAACAUGAGGAAUCAAUCAUUCCACUUGCUGCUUGGAUAGACUUCGGAAAUCUUAAUCCCGGGAGGAGUAUCAGCUCGAAGAAACUGCAGUACAAAUACCGAUCUCUUGUCACCAAAGUUACGGUUCAGGUUUGAGACUGAGUUUAAUCUAGAAAUAUUCAAGUGUUGUGCUUCAGAUUGUUCAAAAAUUGCGCUGUUCAUGAAAUUGUCACAAAAUGGUGGACAUACUAUCAUCGAUUAUGAAAGAUUUUGGAUCAUGGCAGCUGAGGGCGAUUCUGCUGAUAUACCUGUGCAAAAUACCUUCGUCAUGGUUCAUGGCGUGUCUCAUCUACACGGCUCCUGCGCCAAAACACGGUGAUUUCUUCUGCAAGCCACCGUUGUCGAUCAGCUCUCACUACGACGAGACCAAGUGGAUCCAGGCAUCUCAUCCGGUGAUGGAGAAAAUAAAUGAUGAUGAGUACACCGUCGACUAUUGCAAUGUGUUCGAAAAUAGUCUGCAGUACUACAACGACCCCAACAUCACCUCAUGGAUUCAGUCUAGUGACGACACCAAGCUGGUCCCAUGCAGGAAAUUCGAACAUCACUACGAUUACAACUCUAUAAUUACCCAAUUCGAUUUGGUAUGUUCAAGAUACUUUUUAAUAGCGUUCACUCAAAGUUCCCAUCUGUUUGGCGUGCUCCUUGGCGGAAUUAUCACCACCCAGCUGAUGAAGACGAUUAGCCCACGGAACAUGAUGCUGAUGGGAAUGUACAUCCAGAUUGCUAUUGGUUGCUUUACCGGUUAUGUCGUUGCGUUCGAAAUGCACGCACUGUUCCGAUGUUUGAGUGCGAUUUUCUGCGGUUUCAUGUAUACUGCCGGAAGUGUUAUCAUGAACGACAUCACCGGAGGGAAGUUUAAAACCGUCACCGUUUGCAUGUUUGAACAGUUUUGGUCAAUCGGCGUCAUAAUGCUACCAGGACUUGCCAGUCUUGUGACCAACUGGUCACAACUAUAUCUGGCCAUCUCUCUACCGACAUUAGGGUACAUCAUUUCUCACAAAUGGAUUCCGGAUUCACCAAGAUGGUUGCUAAAACAUGGAAGGAUCCAGGAAGCCAAGGAGUAUCUGUUGGAAGCUGCCAGUUGUAACGGAACUGAAGACCGGAUUCCACGUGACUUCGAUCAGCAGCUGAAAACGUUAUCGGAGGUGACUAAAGAACAGCCAGCGCCCGAUGCCUGGUGGACGAUUUGGGAGGAGAAAGCAUCUUGGAAGAAUCUCAUCUGCGUACAUCUUACCUGGGGUAUUUUUUGUACCGCGUACUACGGAACGCUGUUGAAUAUCGCAGCUUUCGGAAGGGAAGAUAUCAAGAUCAAUACUGUGGUUGCAGGUGCAUCGGAGAUGACCGGAGCAUUCAUUGGGCUAUUGCUCAUCAUGUUCACUAGCAAAAAGUGGCUUUGGUGUGGAUUGUUGAACGUUGUUUGUGGCUCCAUGGCAUAUAUGGCGUGGAUAAUUCCACCGGAAGUUACAGGAGACUAUCGAGUAGCUCUUCUAAUGCUUACGGCAAUGGCCUCAAAGGUGAGCAUAUCUUGUAGUUUGGCCCUAUGUUUCACAUGCUCAGCCGAAUUAGUAGGAGCUCGCAAAAAGCCGGGAGUUUCCUAUUCAUGUACCAUUUUUGGAAGGACCUGUUUCCUCACGGCUCCAUUCAUAGUGGCAACGGUUAAAUACGGACAGCUGGUUCCACUGACGGCUUUCGGAUCGAUGGUCAUCCUCGGUGGAAUCAUCGUGUUGUGUAUCAGCGGACCGCGAACUCAUCCGGUGGUGCAUCAGAAUUCAGUUUAUCCGGAAACAAUUGUAACGUCCGCCAACUGGAUCUCGGACAAACCAAGCGGAGUGAUCGAGCUGAGACUAUAGGUUUUUUUUUGGUGAC